AUGAGUACUUCAAAUCAAAAACAAUAUAUAAAUCGAGAAUAUUAUUUAUGUAUGGGAAAAUAUUUUCAAUGUCCAAUGAAUCUUCUUCAACGAGUUUAUGAAAAACAGGUUGUACUUGAAAAUAUUUUUACUCGAGGUAUUACAGCAUAUGGAACUGUGCGUGUUAACAAUUGUUCAUUUCAUAAAAAAGUUUUCGUAAAAUAUACAAUCGAUCAAUGGAAGAAUUUUUCUGUUAUUAAUGCAUAUCAUUCAAUGUAUUAUUCAGAUGGUAAUACUGACUCAUUUCAAUUUAAAUUAACUGUACCAAAAGAUAAAUUAUCCAUANUGUUGAAACUAGAAAACUGA